UUUUUCCACACUGCGCACACGAGACGAGACAAGAGCCCGAGUGAGCAGCCAACCCCCCUUGUGCUUCCACCACCACAGCCGCAGCCAUGCCUCUUGCCAUCGAUCUCCUGAACCCACGCCCCGAGCGUGAGGCCACCAAGCACAAGCUCAAGCGCCUCGUCCAGUCCCCGGACUCGUACUUCAUGGACGUCCGCUGCCCUGGCUGCGCCUUCAUCUCCACCGUGUUCUCCCACGCCUCCACCGUUGUUGUCUGCAGCAACUGCACACAGAUCCUCUGCCAGCCCACCGGCGGCAAGGCUCGUCUCACAGAGGGCUGCAGCUUCAGGAAGAAGAAGACGUUCUAAGAAACCCCCUCCCACCCUCACGCCACUCGUGUGCGCCAUCGCCAUGCCAACGACCAACCCACAUUUGCGCACGGCGUGCGAUGGGCACAUCAACACGCAAUUCACAACUGUCGCUGUUUGUGUCUCUUCGUGGCUUGUGACCCUUUCGUGUGUAACCGGUGUUUCUUGCCCCCAGUUCAUUCCGUCGCUUGUUCGUCCGUCUUCUUCUUCUUCUGCUUGAUGCUGUCUCCUGCGUCGUGUGCGUGUGCGUGCGUGGUGAUGACGGUUGUUUUGGUGUCACCGCGGCCGUGCUUUUUGGUGCUUGCCUGUGCACGGCACGGUGCCUGCCUUUAUUGACUGCCUCAUCACCAACACCAGACACAACACGAGUGUGUGCUUGUGUGAUUGGUUGCGGUGCGUGGCUGUUGUCACUUGGUGCUGUCUGCGUCUCAACCCAGAUGCUCAGCGCCUCCUGUCCCUCCAACAUUUCCCGCCAAUACACGAACACGCAUGCA